GGAGGGCUUGCCGAAUUUCAUUGGCUUCGGGGAAUUUAGUAAACUUUGAGACGCUUAAUAAUUGAAUAAAUGAAUGCUUUUAGUGAAUGAACAAUUAGGUGUUUCGGCGUAUCCAGUUGAAUAACGACGUACAAGCAUAACUGCUCCUAUCACCCAUGUCUUCAGAUGCAGAUAUGGAGGAUUAUGGAUUUGAAUACUCGGAGGAGGAGACCGAGGAGCAGGAUGUCGACAUUGAAAAUCAAUAUUACAACUCCAAAGGUUUGGUGGAGUCUGAUCCCCAAGAAGCUCUUGCUGGUUUUGCUGAAGUUGUGAGAAUGGAAUCCAAUAAAGCUGAAUGGGGUUUUAAGGCUCUGAAACAAACUGUGAAGUUGUACCACCGCUUAGGAAAAUAUAAAGAGAUGAUAGAUGCUUAUCGGGAAAUGCUGACAUACAUUAAAUCGGCAGUGACACGGAACUACAGUGAAAAGUGUAUAAAUAACACUAUGGAUUUUGUUUCGGGGUCAACAACUCAAAAUUUUGAACUCCUGCAGCAGUUCUAUCAGACUACACUCAUAGCCCUUGAAGACGCCAAAAAUGAGAGGCUUUGGUUCAAGACUAAUCUCAAGCUUUGUAAGAUCUGCUUUGAUAUGGGGGAGUAUGGCCGCAUGAACAAGAUACUCAAGGAGCUUCAUAAAUCCUGUUGUAGACAAGAUGGUUCAGAUGACCAUAAGAAAGGCACUCAGCUUUUGGAGGUCUAUGCCAUUGAGAUUCAAAUGUACACUGAAACAAAAAACAACAAGAAGUUGAAGCAAUUGUACCAAAAAGCGCUUUCUAUUAAAUCUGCAAUACCUCAUCCGCGGAUAAUGGGUAUUAUUCAUGAGUGUGGUGGGAAAAUGCACAUGACUGAAAGACAAUGGGCGGAGGCAGUAACAGACUUCUUUGAUGCCUUCAAAAACUAUGAUGAAGCUGGGAAUCAUCGACGCAUUCAGUGUUUGAAAUAUCUAGUGCUGGCUAAUAUGCUGAUGAAAUCUGAGGUGAAUCCCUUUGAUGGUCAGGAGGCAAAGCCGUACAAAAGCGAUCCAGAGAUUCUAGCAAUGACCAAUCUUGUUGCAGCAUAUCAACGGAAUGAGAUAUUGCAGUUCGAAAAUAUUCUUAAGAGCAAUAGGCAGACGAUCAUGGAUGAUCCAUUCAUCCGCAAUUGCAUUGAAGAUCUGCUGGAGAACAUUAGAACACAAGUACUGCUGAAACUUAUCAAACCUUAUACACGCAUUCGGAUACCCUUUAUAUCUAAGGAGCUAAAUGUUCCCGAGAAAGAUGUCGAGCAGCUUCUUGUAUCUUUAAUUUUAGAUAAUCGAGUUAAUGGGCACAUUGAUCAGGUCAAUCAACUUUUGGAGCUUGGUAAUAGCAGAUCCAAGGGGUUAAAGCAGUACGUGGCAAUAGACAGAUGGAAUACACAGCUCAGAUCCCUGUGCCAGACUUUUGCAAACAGGACAGAAUGAGUUUGGAUCACUCUAGAUACGGUGCAUCCAUCUUGAUAGCUUGUUGAGAGAUAGUCACAUGAUACCUGCUCUCUUUACUGUAAAGCUGCUCAAAUGCACAUUGCAUUUUUACUACUCAAGUUGCAACCUGAGUAGUAAAAAUCCCAUAAAGAGAACAUUUAUGGAAUCACUGGGAAAGCAUUGAAAGUGAAAUCUUUUAAAUUUUCUCAUCUCACUUUUGCCUCUGGUAACAUUUUUGCUGCCAAAUCGACUUUUUGCUAAACCUUUUAUUAUUUUCUUAUUUGGUGGAGGUUGUGAACCCUGGAAGUUUUUCUAUUUCUACAAGAAGAGAACUGUUCUAUUGAUUUACUGAAACUCAUGUCAAUUUUUUUUAAUAUAAAGAAGGCAAUUAUCAUCGUGUGGAUUAUUUUGACAAAA